UGCCUCAGCAUCUCUUCUCUCACUCACCAACCCACCAACACUACUAGAAAUGGCCUUCUCUGGAAAAUGGGAACUUGAAUCCCAGGAGGGUUAUGAAGAAUUCUGCAAGUUGGUUGGCAUUCCCGACGAUACCAUCCAGAAGGGUCGUGACUACAAGCAGGUCACAGAGGUCGUUCAGAAUGGGAAUGAUUUCACCUGGACUCAGUUUUACCCAUCCAACCACAAGGUCACCAACACCUUUUCCAUCGGCAAAGAGGCUGAUAUGCAGACCAUUAGCGGAAAGAAGUUUAAGGCCACCGUAAACCUGGAUGGAGGGAAGCUGACUGUGAGCUUCCCCAACUAUCACCAAGUCAAUGAGAUCAGCGGGGGCAAGCUCAUUGAGACCUCCACUGCUGGCUCUGUCGUCCUCAAGAGAAUCAGCAAGAAGAUCUAAAACUGACCUUUAACAUAUUGUACAGUUAAAAUGGAGAGCUCAAAUUUGUAAAAGUGAGCAAUAAAUUACCAGUUAUAACAAC